ACAUCGUCUAGUGCUCUCACACAGACACUGUCAGUUAGCUCCAUGGAAGGAAUGGCACCGCACGCUUCGUCCCGAACAGGCGGACGUUGCCGAGCCGAGGUCCAACGGCAAGCAAAGCGACGAUUCACCGCAUUAGAUGUUUCCUCCCCUCCCACCCCCCCGCCCCUCCCCCCUUUCCCUUUUCGUGCCGCCUUUUCAGAAUGACGGCCACGGUUUCCUUUCCCUCCUUGGGCAAGGGCCAACCAAACACGUAAUCCACCCAGCCCAAUUCUUGAAGCGCCUAAAGAAACAAACUGCAAACCCUCAUCCAGCCAGGCAGCGCUUCUGCUCUCCACGUCAUUUCGUUCCGCUCUCAGCGCUCUCGCAAAUCACAAGGCGUUCGCGAACAGGGCAUUUGCGAUAACCCCGCAAGGCGAAGAUGGGCUUGGACCCUCACAUUUCAAGGCGUCGCCGUUUUCCCGCGCUUUUUCGGCUGGUGGUUGUGGGGAUUUGCCUCCAAAUCCUUCUCGGCAACCCCAGUGGUGGGCAGCAGCUGUUCGACCCAUCUCAAGUUCCUCCGCUGCUAGAGUGCGAGCGCGGUUGGGGGCGUAACUUCAGCGGAUGGCGCAACCUGGCGCGCGCCGACUGCUUGCGCGCCGAGGGGCUGGCCUGCGACUCUGAAGGGAUGGUGGGAUCGUUAAUGUUUAAAUCUGCCGAUCUCGACGGACCCAUUCCCUCGGCUAUUGGACAGCUCGUGCACCUGAGAUACCUGGGCUUGAGUGACAACAGGCUGACUGGGUCCAUUCCUGCCUCCCUUUCAACCCUGGUGAAUCUCGAGUAUAUGCUUCUCGCCAAGAACCAACUCUCAGGCCCUAUACCAGCCGCCAUCAGCGCCCUCUCCUCCCUCACUCUCCUAUCACUCGGUUACAACAGCGUCAGCGGGUCCAUCCCCGAGGCAAUAACAUCCCUCUCAGCCCUUAAGAUCCUUGACCUCCAGCUCAACAGGCUAGAGGGCGAGUGGCCUGAUUUCCUUUCAAAGAUGACAGCCCUUACUGCCCUGUAACUCUGCAUUGCUCCCCAGCCCUUACUGCCCUGUAACCCUGCAUUGCUCCCCAUCCCUUGCUGCCCUGUAACCCUGCAUUGCUUGCUCCCCAUCCCUUGCCUUUCUCGUCAUCCCUUGCAAUGCACAGCGUCUGUUUCCUCACACUCUCGAAACGAUCACGUGCACUGUUCCACUGCGUCCGUUCACUAUGGUCCAUUUCCGUAAGGCUACCCCCCUGACCUAAGUUCGAGUUAUUCCUGCCAUGCCACGCGCUCAUGCUCUCUUGUUUGCUUUCGCUUGUUGUCUUUUGCACCAUUUCUCUCCUCUAUUUGCUCGUUCAAGAGAACUGAGCAACAAUAACCUCUCAGGCUCCCUACCUGCUUCCAUCAGUGCACUCACCAACCUCUAUGCUCUUAACGUGAACAGCAACCGUUUUGCUGGCAAACUCCCUCCCUCACUCGCUGCUCUUACCAACCUUCAGUUUCUCAACGUCAGUGGCCAGAGCCUCCAGUGUCCCCUCCUACCACCACCGCCACCACUGGCAGCGCCAGCAGCAAUAACGCCAGCAGCAACAAUGGCAGCAGAAAUACCGCCAGCAGCACCGUUGCGUGCAGCCGCAGGGAGUGUGAGCACAGCAGCAGGGCCAGGGGUCCCCGCUGUGUCUCUCGCUGUACCGCUUCCAUGUGGGCCGGUGGUCAGCCGGGUGGAGAACAUGCUCAGCGCCUUCUGCCUGCAGUGCCCUGCCUUCUGCUCCGCCUGCAUCGGUGCCCGAGGACCUGGUUCCCCUGGCCUUCCACCCGUUUCAUCUGCGGGCCCACCAUUUUCAUCUGCCGGCUCACCAGCACCAGCACCAUCACUUUCAGCAGCACGAUCAACACCAUCACCAGCACCAGCAUCAGCAACAGAAAUCUCAGCAGCACCAUCAAAAUCACCACCAGCAUCAGCACCAGCACCAGCACCAGCAGCAGCACCAGCAGCAGCAGCAGCAGCAGCAGCAGCAGCAGCAGCAGCGUCACCAGCAGCAGCAGCAGCACCAACAAGUCCCUCUCCUGUCUUCUCCCCUUCUUUCCCAUCCCUCCCCCCUCCUUCCUCACUCCCCCUACCGCCUCCGCCAACUCUUCAGCCACUUCCUCCUUCUCCUCUCUCUCCUUCCCCCCUCCCUCUCCUCACUCCUCCUCUCCCUCCCCUCUCUCCUCCUCCUCUCCCUCCUCUCUCUCCCCCCCCUCCAUCCUCCCCUAAUGGCGUUUCAACGGGUGUCCUCGUAGGGGUUGCGGUGGUCUCACUUUGUGCUGUCGUGGCUGUUGGUGCGGUUGCGCUUUGCCUGUGGAAGCGGCACUGGAGGCAAGGCAGCUCAUCACAUGCCAAGUCGCCCACCCUCCCUUCAGCAUCGUCCAAACACAGCGUGCCACCUGGCAUUUGCCAGCAGUACCCCCUCUCUGCCGUCCUCCAGGCCACCGACAGCUGGGCGCCGUGCAACCUGAUUGGCUCCGGCGGAUUUGCUGACGUGUACAGGGGCGUGUCUCCCUUUGACCCCCAUGAGCUAUGGGCUGUGAAGCGAGGGAAAGUGUUUUCAGAUGACUUUCAGAGGGAGGUCGAUGGCAUGGCCAGCAAGCACCACCCGCACCUCGUGAAGCUCAUCGGGUUCUGCAUGGAGGAGCGGCGGGAGCAGGGGGGCACGAAUCUGCUGCGUCUUAUCGCCUCUCUUUUCGCACACAACGGCAGCAGGAGCAGUGGGAGCGGUGUGAGCGGUGGGAGCGGUGGGGGCCGGGGGGGCAGCACGCAGGGAAUGGGGUGCAGUAGCCGGGGUGCAGUGGAGCAGGUGUUGAUCUAUGAGCUCAUGGAGGGGGGCGACCUUGACAGCGUGAUCCAGGGGCGAGGCUCCUCGUCCCUCUCCCUGCGGCAGCGCCUGGACAUUCUGAUUGGAGUGGCACGUGGAUUGGAGUAUCUGCACAGCUUUGGAAUUGUGCAUCGCGACGUCAAGCCAGCCAACAUAUUGCUGGAUGGGAACAUGCAGGCCAAGCUUGCUGAUUUCGGCAUGAUGCGGUCAAACCUCACCCCAGACCAGCAGCAGCAUCUUAUCGACACAGCAAGCAGCAAUGUGACCGCAGUUACAAGCACCAGCAGCAGCAUCAGCAGUGCUACGAGUGACGCAUGGGAGUCGACUCGUGUUGUGGGGACACCGGGCUUCGUGGACCCGGCCUAUUUUGAGUCUCACAAGGCCACUCCCAUGGCUGACAUGCACAGCUUUGGAGUGGUGAUGCUGGUGCUGCUAACGGGCCGCAAGGCAGUGAUACCGGUGGGCAGCAGUAACAGCUUCGGACCUGUGGAGCACGUCAACAUCAAGUGCUGGGUGUCUAAUGCCCUGCAACAUCAAGGCUCCACCAAGUGGAUGGAUCCCAGCCUACACGCACCAGCGACCAUGGUAAAACCCCUGCUGCAGCUGGCCCUCUCUUGCACAUCCAUGCCCGCCUCUUCCCGACCCGCUAUAAGCAAAGUGCUACAGGAGCUGAUAGCUGUUCGAGAAGAUGUUAUCAGGGCAAUGACUCGUCGAAGUAAGCAUGUUAGUGAGGCCUCGGCGCUUGUUAACCCGCUUGGUGUGAUCCGCGAGGACGUAUAGAGUGAGAUAAAGGGUAAUGCUGCCUUCAGAGCUGCAUGUGGGCCGAGUGGGGUAGGAGAAACAUGUACGAGGGGAGAGCAGGAGGGGGAUAGAGGGCACGGAAUGGAUGGAUUCAUUUUGAAAGGAAAGGUAGGGAUGCAGCAGUUAAGAAAUACUAAGUUUAGUGGAGUUCCAAAACCCCCAGAAAGACUUGAGAAAUAAAAUAAGAACUUAAAUUGUGCUGCACUCGGCUAUUCUCCCCCCACAAGCAGUCAAACUCACUCACGGAGCACUGCUAGUGCAGCCGCUUCCCCCUCUUGCAAGCUGCUUUCGAAGCUGCUGCUGCCCACCACGCCUCUGCUGCUUCCAACCCCCCCAGUCAAGCUUCUGCCACCAAGCCCUCCUCCCGAGCCCUCCUCCCAAACCGCCUCUUCCCAAAACCCCUCCAAAAGACCCUCCCCUAGGAGCCGCAGGACCCUCCCCUCCUAGGGGUACCCCUUCCUCCCAAC